AUGGGGAAGCAUGAGCACCGGAUCAGAAAGUCACGGUUCACCGCGGACAACACCCACGGCGCAGCGGAGAACUUCAAUACCCUCCUAAAGGAGCCGAUUGUCCUGUCUCAUGCCAUCGCUGAGACGACCGAGGAAGACCGCAGGAGGGCGAUGCUGAACUGGGAGGAGUUUAUCGAAUACACAAAACCGGACGCCAUUCUGCGAGAGAAUGUGUGGGAGUGGCUGGCUGGGGAUAACCUCAAGGAGCAAGAGAAGGCGAUGGCCCUCUGCAAGAACUACCUCACCUUCCUCGUCUCUGCGUCGAAGCAGAGGAAGGUCAUCUGGGGCCCGGAGGAGGGGCGGGAGGAGCGGACCCUGACCACGAUCAGCUCUGUGAAUACCUGCUGGAAGAACCUUGUCGCGGCUGCACAGAUGCAGCUGAAUGAGAAGGCCGCGUCAACAGGGCGAAUCUUCGUCCUUGCCCGACGUCAAGGGCCUGCUGGGGCCCAGGACACCGGCCCAGCCACGAUGGUCACUGAGUGGAUCAAAACGGACCUCAAGGGCAUGUUCGGCCUCACGCCGGACAGCGAGUACGAGAAGAUCGGUGCAAGGUGCGAGGACAUCGAGCGUCUUCUCCGUGCUCUGUGGGAGCGCGCUGACGAUAUCCCGAUGCCGUUUCACAACCGGGUUGCUGUGCACAUGUACGUGCUCAUCCUGUAUGUCUCUGGCUGCCGGCCAGGCAUGCUGGAGACGAUCAAAUGGAGGGACUUCAAGCUCUACCUCAUCAUGGACCCAUCCGAGCCGGGCAGGCGCCGGCUCUUCGCCAGCCUGACCCUCUAUUUCAACAAGCUCAGGCGGAGGGUGGUGGUGAGGUCCGAGGAUGACCACUUCACGUACCCCAUAACGUUGAUGCCGACGCUUCUCCUCGACUUGACCCACCUCCUCGCCGCCAAGGCAUUACAAGAGGACGCCUUCGAGGCCGGCUACAGCUCCGUUGAGGACAUGCUGAACCGGCCCGAGGUGGAUGAUAAAAGCGCCACACAUCUCAGGUGGAAGGAGGAGCUUAUGGGCCAGCGAUUCUGCAAGAUGAACUGCGACAUCUUCCGCGGCCAUUUUAAACGCCUCUGCAUCGUAUCUGGCUUGCAAGACCCGCCUCGCCCAUACUUCAUGCGAGUCGGUGCGGGGGCGAACUUUGAGGCCAGUGGGAUGCCUUUGUCCUUGAAACUCCGGAUCCUCAGCCAUACUGAGAAAGUCGACUACCAGAGCUACCAAGCCCAGCGCAUAAGUCAAGACCUGCAGGGCGCCGCCUUCGGGGAGCUCGCCGGCGACAAUGUUCUUCUCUUCAAGCACCUCAGCCACGGUUGGGACAACUUUGAUCCUGAUGCUCCCAUCUACAUGACUGAAGCGCAGAGGCUCGAGAUGGAGUCGCGCAGGGACACAACAGAGCUCAGAGAAACAUUAUCGGCGCUUCGGAGUGGGGGAGGAAGACAGAAAGAGGUACAAAAGGCGGCACAAAAACUCAGGUCCCACCGGAAGCGCCUAGAGGAGCUCGCGAUCCUGUACCGGCGGAAGCACUAUUUCGAGGAGAAGGCGCGGUCCCUCCAGGCGGGCCUGCAAGGGCCGCAGCCCAAGACGGAGCCGGAGCACUGCCCUGGUAAACGGGAACACGACGCACUCGAUAUCAGCAGCCUCAUGAAGGCCUGGGCACCGGGGACGAAUUUUGAUGCCGGGGCGGAAAUGCGGGCUAUCAGGGCCAUGAAAUGGCUGAUUCACUACCUCUCCGGCAGCCUGAGCGCGAUCUCGCUGCCGAGUAGGAGCCCGUCGCCGGAGGGCCCGGCCGCUCGCGAGGGCGGACCCGCUGCCUUGCAGCUCCCCGCUGGGAAGCGGUCGAUGUGUCUCAUCUGCGGCAGGGCAUUCGCCCGGCGCGUUGAGAUGACGAGGCACGCACUGAAGCACAAGGCCGCCCUGUCCCGCCCAUUUUCCUGCCCUCUGUGUGGGGAGACCACCAGCAGCCCGUCGCAGUUCAGCAACCACGUGGAGCGAAGGCACGCAAAGGAGCACGCUCCGUAUUUCCCCACCACCCUCAGCCCAACCGCCCCGCCAGGAGAGCCCGAGACACCGCCGGAAGGGGCUGGGGCGGCACAUAAAAUUAUAUGCACGUUCUGUCUGUGUCCUUUCCCACCAGACCGCUUCCUGUAUCAUUUCCACAUGCAUCAUAGAAGCGCGGUAACCUCCUACGUGGGCACCGCCGCCUGCGCCGUCUGCCCAGGGCAGAGCGACCUCGGCCUGGGGUCGUGGUUCGCCCAUCUCACCGACAUGCAUGGCCUCCCCCCAACCGGACAGUGUCCUUUUUGUGAUCGCCUCUUCCAGGCCCGAGGACUCGGGCUGCACAUCCGCAAGGCACACUUUGAAGGCUCGGAUGGUGACGUGCCUUGUCCGCUUUGCAUCCGGGCGGGCGGCACGGCCCCCCUCAUUGCGGACCAUGCCGCCUGGCUUGUCCAUCUGCAAGCUGCUGGGCACGACAUCGGACAGGACACGAAGAUAUCGGCUGGCGUGCCGCAGGUCAGGGCCGGCACCAAACGGAAGGCCGAGGACGAUGGCCCCCACAUCCCUGGCUACGCGGCACCGCAGGCGCAGGCUCCGCCCCCCAAGGUGCAACGGCUAGAUGUCGAGGGGGCUGCUUGCUGGCCCUCCCCGCCUGGAACCGCGCCCCUCCCAUCGGUCCCUGCGCUAGACCUCUCCUUUAUCGACCCCGCUAUAUUGGGGGCCCGCCUCUCGUCCGCCAUCUUCGAGGACGAGGAGCAGAGGUCAGCGUACGGGCUGUCACCACAGAGCUUAGGCGGCUCCACCGUGUGCACAACUCCCAGCUUAGACCGCGCAUCACCGGCCGAGGCCCCCGAGUCGGCCUGCGCGUCACCGGCCGAGGCCCCCGAGUCGGCCUGCGCAUCACCGGCCGAGGCCCCUGAGUCCGUCUGCGCAUCACCGGCCGAGGCCCCUGAGUCGGCCUGCGCAUCACCGGCCGAGGCCCCUGAGUCCGUCUGCGCCUCCGCCGUGCCCCCGCCGUGCAUCGAUGGGAAUGAUUCCUUCUCGGCGCCCUCCAGCUCCCCGUCAGAGGAGGAGGAAGAGAUAGUGCUAGACACCAUUUAUGUCGCCUCGACACCUGCCCCGUCUGUUGAGCGGCCAAGAAGGCGCUCACGACGACGGACGCGACGACGCCUUACCUGA